AUGGCAACUCCAACAGACCAGCGGAUUGCCGUUCCUAUAGACGACCCCAACGCCGAUACGGAAUGGAAUGAUAUCCUCCGGAAACAUGGCGUUAUUCCGGAGAAGCCCCCGAGCCCGACUCCCAUGAUCGAGGAAGCGAUCAACGAGGCUCGUCGGCUCGCGCACGAAAACCGGCUGGAAGGCAAGAACCUCGACGAGUUAGAUGAGCUUGAGGACGAGGAAGACGAAGAAUUCCUUGAGCAAUAUCGGCAGCGGCGACUUCAAGAGCUAUCUUCGAUACAAAAAAGGGGUGUGCACGGCUCAGUUUAUCCCAUAUCCAAACCCGACUAUUCACGCGAAGUUACCGACGCAUCUCAUAAAGGGGUGGUUUUCGUCAAUCUUACAUCGUCUCUGACCACAAAUGUUGAGUCACGGGUGCUCUCGGAGCUAUGGCGCCAAGCAGCGCGGGAGUACGGGGACAUCAAGUUCUGCGAGAUUCGGGCGUCGCAAGCCAUCGAGAACUACCCCGAGCGCAAUUGCCCCACAAUACUGGUUUACAGCAAUUGCGACAUACUGAAGCAGAUUGUGACGCUUAUGACUCUCAACGGAGUGCGGAUGAGCAUGUUGGAUCUUGAUAAGCUGCUCGUUGAAGUCGGAGCAGUUCCUGGUAACGACAUCAGGGUGCUAAAGAGGAGAAGGGAGGCCGAGGAUGCCGAAGAAGAGAAGUUCGUGAACAAAGGCAUCAAGAGCAGCAACGAUCGGUCAAGGGGUGACGACGAUGGCGAUGACUGGGACUGA